AUGCCUUCCAUUCGGAAUCCUAUCCUGCCCGGGUUCAAUCCGGAUCCUUCGAUUGUCAGAGUCGGCACUGAUUACUAUAUCGCCACGUCGACGUUCGAAUGGUUUCCCGGCGUGCAGAUUCAUCAUUCUACCGAUCUUGCAAAAUGGAAACUCAUCACUCGUCCCCUGGAUCGCAAAAGCCUUUUAGAUAUGAGGGGAGAUCCAGAUAGUGGUGGAAUCUGGGCACCCUGUCUUUCACACGACGGUCAAAAGUUCUGGCUUGUGUAUACGGAUGUGAAGAGAAAGGACGGGACAUUCUGGGACUUGAAGAAUUAUAUCACACCAUCUGAGUCUAUAUAUGGUCCUUGGACAGACCCCAUCCAUGCCAACUCUUCAGGUAUCGACCCUUCACUAUUCCAUGACGAUGACGGUAGAAAAUGGUUCGUCAAUCAGAGAAGAGACCACCGUUUUCCAAACAGAGAUCAUUUCUGUGGCAUCAUGCUACAGGAGUUUGACCCAGAAGCUGGAAAGCUUAUUGGUCCACAGAAGAAGAUCUUUGAUGGGACUGAAAUUGGUAUAACGGAGGGACCACACCUUUACAAACGGAGCGGGUGUUAUUAUCUUCUUACAGCUGAAGGUGGAACUUCAUAUGAUCACUCGUGCACUCUUGCUCGAUCUCAAAGUAUCUGGGGUCCUUACGAGCUGCACCCGGAUAAGUAUAUUCUCUCCUCAAGAGAUUCUCCGUCGGCAGAACUUCAACGCGCAGGGCACGGUGAUAUUGUUGAGACGCCAGACGGAAGAACGUAUUUGGUUCAUCUUCUCAGUCGACCGAUAACAGAGAAUCGCCGGAGUGUUCUUGGACGGGAGACAGCUAUCCAAGAAGCAUUCUGGAAAGAUAAUGGAUGGUUAUAUGUCAAGAACGGUCCAGUGCCUUCGACACUGGUCGAUGUUCCGGGUACACGGAACGAAGAUGACCACUGGCGAGAGGUUCGAUACACUUUCGAUAAUGGGUUGCCUAUUGAUUUUCAAUGGCUUCGCACGCCUGAGCCAGAGAAAAUUUUCUCUACAAAUGGAAAACUGGUUCUUUACGGGCGUGAUGCUAUCGGAUCCUGGUUCGAACAAUCUCUUGUGGCUCGUCGCCAAACUCAUUUUUCAUAUGAUGCCGAAACAGUCAUCGACUUCAAACCUGAGAACGAACGCGAAUUUGCAGGUCUCACCGCUUACUACAGCCGUUUCAACUUUUUCUAUCUUCACAUCACAGCUAAUGAAGAGAGCGAGAGACUCUUAUCCAUCAUGAACUCGGAAGAAUCGUGGCCUACGGGGUCGCUCCAGAUUCACCAUCUUGAUCCGAUCAGUCUCCCGCCAGCAGGAAAAGUCAAGUUGGCGCUCACUAUCAGGGAGGCAGAGUUGCAGUUCUAUUACUCUAUUGAAGAUAAGCCACUUGAGAAGUACGGACCUGUCUUGGACGCUUCUCAACUUUCAGACGAGUGCAGCUGUGGUCCUCGAGGUUCUGGGGGUUCAUUCACUGGUGCGUUUGAUGUAAAAUCUAAAUUCCCCAUAAACUCAAACAUCAACGGAUUCGUCCGCGGAGCUCCCGACCUCCGUCUCGGCGCAACUGGCAGAAAGUCGGAUCGCCGCGGUCGAAGCCAUUGCCCAGAACAGCAACUAUCCUCGAUCGAGCUCAUUGCGGCGCGUCUUACGCACUAUCAGGAGAGUGUCAGCCUUAUCGGGAAUCCGCAGCACACCAAUUCCAUACGCGCGUUGAAGGAUAAGCCUCACUCGCCCUUUGCGAUUGGCGAGCUCGCGAGUGGUGAAGGGGCGGAUAAGCCGGAAUCGGAAUAUUGGGCGAGCUAA